AGAGAGCUGGUGCAGGGUGGUCCUGAUGGCAGGUGUGAGGGGAGUCUGUAGUGGAGUCUGGCUUUAGAGGGCUUCACAGAGCUAACACUUUACCUGGACACCUUCCACAGGACGUGUGCCCAUGAGGUCGUUGCCGCUGGCGCUCCUGCUGAUUGGCGUCCAGGCUGUACUGAACAUGGGAGGGGCCCUGGGCCCUGUGGCAGCCAACCACAGCGCAGAACACCACACAGCAGCCAAUGGCAGAGCAGAACAGCAGCGGGUGGCCCGCCUCUCAGUGUCACCUCAGCAGGAGCAGCCAGCAGCAGGCAAGGAGACUCAGCAGAGACCCAGCCGGACCAGACAGGCCCACAGGCCAGCCUCUCUACCCCAGGACAGGAGCUCUUCCCUGGGAUUCUCUGAAACAGGCUCCCCCUCUACACCUUCCAUCCCGGAGGUGGACCCCAAACUGUUCAGCAAGCGGCGCUAUCACUCCUCACCGCGCGUCGUCUUCAGCGACGUACCCCCCUCUCACCACGGCCUGGGGGGGGAGACGAGGGAGGAGGAGGAGGAGGGAGAGGAGGAAGUCGGGAGGGUGAUGGGUGGGGGGGUAAGGGUGAGGAGGAGGGCGGGGGGGCAGCCCAUGCACAGGGGAGAAUACUCAGUGUGCGACAGCAUCAACGUGUGGUUGGGCAACCUGACCAAGGCCACGGACAUCAACGGCAACGAGGUGGAGGUUCUACCAGAAAUGAAGAUAGACAACGUCCGGAAGAAACAGUUAUUCUACGAGACCACCUGCCGCGCGGCUGGGGGAGGAGUUAGGGGUGGAGUUAGGGGUGGCAGGGCCAAGGCAGGAGCCAAGGCAGGGUGCCGCGGAAUCGACAGCCGUCACUGGAACUCCUACUGCACCAACACACACACCUACGUGCGCGCGCUCACCAAGUUCAAGGAGCAGACGGCAUGGAGGCUGAUACGCAUCAACGCAGCGUGUGUGUGUGUCCUCAGCCGCAAGUCCUGGAGGCACUGACCUUCAACCCCUGGGACUAUGGACCAUGAACCCUGACCCAUAUACAGUACACACACCAUCAUUGGCCAACACUCGGGGUCGAGUAUGGGUCCGGCUUGUGGGUCACACACACACAAUCUUGAAUCAGCAACUAGAACUUUAUUGCCAAUACAGCUCCGAAUCCCGCCUCCUACACAAACACACACACACACACACACACACACACACACAC